AUGACUCGACUCGAGGCCCUACCGGCGCACGUGGAUCCCUCGAUUGUCUACAUCAGCGAUGGCUUCCUGGGGCUCGGCGCACUGGGUUACACCAUCUGCUACGUGCUCAUGACACGUCAGUCCAUACGCGAUGGCACUUAUGCAAUGCCCCUGUUCUCGCUCGCCUUCAACUUUGCCUGGGAAAUUGUCUUCGGGCUGUUCGUCGCCAUGGAGAUUGAACACAAGCUAGUCUUCAUCAUAUGGAUGGUCAUCGACCUGGGACUAGUAUACACCGUAGUUGUGUACGGUGCGAACGAGUGGAAACACGCACCAGCCAUCGGUAGGAAUAUCGGCAAGAUCUUCGCAGGUAUGCUGGCAUGGUGGUGUGCUGCGCUGUACGCUCUCAGCACCUGGUGGCUUUCUGUCGAGAACCCGAUCAAUCCCAAGGCCGGCAAGGCAUAUCGAGGGGUUGACGGCAUUGACGCAGACGAACUUAGCUUUUGGACUGUGCUCGCCGCGCAGGUUGUGCUCAGUGUCGCGUCGCUGGGGCAGAUCAUGGCCAGGCAGAGCACCCGCGGGUCUUCGUACGGGAUAUGGACGACUAGGUUCCUUGGUAGUCUUUUGGGGCUGAAUGUGAAUUACGGGUACUGUUGGUGGGUGUGGCGCGAACCGCAUACUUACUAUACGCAUCCUCUCGCGGUGCUGAUGAUGGUUACCUGGGUUGUAGCUGAUCUGGGCUACCUUGCGUUGUUCUGCAAGCUGCAGCCGGCACAGGCGACUGUGGCGCUUCAUGCCACCACCUACACUCUACACAUCAACAACAGCCAUUCAGCCACCCAACACUCCAUGUCGUCAGAUGAUGAGGACCUCAAGCUUGCAAUGGCAAUGUCGCUUCAGCAGGACGUUAUGGACGCCCCGCAAAACGCCACAGCGCCCGCCAGCGAGCCGAUCGACCUUGUUUCUGACACGGACGAUGAAAACGACGAAGACCUCAAACGUGCCAUUGCCCUCUCUUUGCAGGAAAGUGCAAAUAAUGACGUUGCGCAGCCGCUUGCCAAAAGCACACCGAUAACUGCAUCGGCCAUGACAGCCUCAAGCUCCAUGGGCAUGGAUCGGAAAGCCAUGGAACAAGAACGCCUAGCAAGGCUUGGAAAACGGAAGCGCGAGCCGUCUCCAGACGUACCUUCGAAGCAAGCAUCUAAACCAAUGCCAGGAUCAGGAUUGUCUACUGGAGCAUUGUUACAGUUUCCCAGUGGAGCUAUCAAGCGGACUUUUGCCGCAAAACACCCCAGGACCGACGACAUCACUAUUGAUGAAGUUUUGCAGGCGUCAAAAAUCCACACCGCCGUCAUCAGCUCCUUUAUGUGGGAUGCAGAUUGGCUGUUCAAGAAGUUGAGCCCCAUCAAUGUCAAGCAGAUAUGGGUGAUGAAUGCAAAAGGCGAAGACGUGCAGCAAAGGUGGAGGAGAGAGAUGGAGGAGACGGGUGUACCGAAUCUGAAGAUCCAUUUCCCACCCAUGGACGGCAUGAUCCACAGCAUGCACAGCAAGUUUAUGCUGCUCUUUGGCCGAGAGAAGCUGCGCGUUGUGAUACCAACGGCAAACAUGACGCAUAUCGACUGGGGAGAAGUUGCAAAUGACUGGCAGCGUGGUGUCAUGGAGAAUUCUGUUUUCUUGGUCGAUCUGCCACGCAGAGGGGACAGUUCGGUUGGCAAGAAGGAAGACCUCACGCGCUUCGGACAAGAGCUGUUGUAUUUCUUAGAGAUGCAAAAAGUCCCAGAGAUGGUGGUGGAGGGCGUUUUGAAGUUUGACUUCUCAGCGACUAGUCACUUGGCUUUCAUCCAUUCGAUGUACGAUCGCCGACAUGACACACCUUGUUCUUGGCUAACACGUUGCAGUGGCGGUUCGCACAAGACUGAGCUACCUUCUCGCCCUACGGGUCUGCCAGGCCUCGCAAAAGCUAUUCGGGACCUACAGCUUGACAAUGUUGAGCGGAUAGAGCUGGACUACGCAGCAUCCUCGCUCGGCGCUGUCAACGACGCUUUCUUGUCGCGAAUCUACCUUGCAGCGUGCGGGGAGUCGUUCACGACCAGCACACGGACCGUGCCCGAUGUUCGCAAUCACAUACGAAUAUACUUUCCCACGAACGAAACUGUUGAGAAGAGCGAGGGAGGCCCCGAGUGCGGUGGCAUUAUCUCGUUGGCGCGGCAAUACUACAAUGCAGUCUCGUUUCCAAAAACGUGCCUCCGCAAUUACGAGUCGUCGCGACGAGGCAUGCUAUCGCACAACAAAUUGCUGUUCGCACGUGGGCGCAAAAAGGAUGGAAAGCCGUUUGCGUGGGUGUAUGUUGGAUCGGCCAACCUGUCUGAAUCGGCAUGGGGUGGGCAGAAGGUGCUAAAACGCGGAAACAUGGGAAGUCUCAAUAUUCGAAACUGGGAGUGCGGGGUGGUGGUGCCAGUGCCGCACGACAGGCUCGCCGGAUCGGACGUGGAUGACGAUGGCGUACCGUCGAUGGGGGUGUUCGCGGGCACUGUCGAGGUUCCCUUUCGAUUUCCGGGAGACGGAUAUGGGGACCAAGCACCGUGGUUUCUCAGGCUGUGA